AUGUUAAAUAUUCUACUUUUGCUUUUGCAACAAUUGCAGCUUUUCUACAAAAAGCAUUGCGCCGCUUCCGUGUAUCUCCCCGAGACUGACUGGAUGCUUGUGCUAGAUGCUGACACAGGUGUCGUUAAUCCUAAUCACUGCAUUGAGGAGUGGAUAGACGACCGAGUCGAUAUGCUAUUUUAUGAGCGCGUUUUUAAUUGGGAGAUUGCAAGCGGAAAUUACUUGGUGAAAAAUACAGAGUUUGGCAGGAACUUCCUCGAAACUUGGGGCAAAUGGGAAUUUCACCAGCCAUACAGCUGGAACGGUGUUGAUAAUGGUGUUCUGCAGGUAUAUAGCGGUGCUUUUAACAAAUUCUAUCUUGCGUCCUUGUGCAUUAUUAGAGCUGACGGGAGGUUUAUGGUAUUUCCUAGUCAUAGUGUAGGCAAAAACUUCCAAAAUGUGACAGAGACUCUUCGAGUUCAUCACUGAAU